AUGGCUGUGUAUGGUGGCACCAUAGUGGCGAUGGGUGAGGCCCUGGUGCAUGUGAGGAACACUCCCCUCCCACUCUGGCUGGGGGUGUUUCUAUUCCAAUAUGGAUGUCCCCUGGUGGUACAUUCCCAACGCCAUUGUCCCCCAGAAGUGGUGAUUCCCUUGAAGGUGGCAGGCACCAGCAUUGCCAUGAAGCCUCGAGGUUGGCUUUCUUACACAAUGCAUUUUGCGGGCCAGAGACACAUUGUCCACAUGAUGGUCAACAAGUUUCUCCUGUCCAAACACCUCCCAGUAUUCACCUACACAGACCAGGGUGCUAUCCUUAUGGAACAGCCUUUUGUCCAGAAUGACUGCUACUAUCAUGGUUAUGUAGAGGGGGAUCGAGAAUCCCUGGUUGUCCUCAGUACCUGUUUGGGGGGCUUUCAAGGAAUCAUACAGACAAAUAAUGUGGUUUAUGAAAUAGAGCCCAAAAGAUUUUCUACCACAUUUGAACAUUUUGUACACAAGAUGGACAGUGAGCAGACACAAUUUCCACCCAAGAGAUGUGGAAUAAGAGAUGAAGAAAUAGCACAACAAUUGAAGCAUCAAGCGAGUGUUAAUUUCACUUUGAUGCAGAGCGGGUACGAAGGCUGGUGGAACCACAAGCAGGAUCUUGAACUGGCACUGGUGGUGGACCACAGUCGAUAUCUUUAUAGCGGAAAGAACAUCACAGAUGUGCACCAGGAUAUGUUCUUUGUUGUCAAUAUAGUACAAUCCUAUUUGAGAUCACUGGGUAUUGAUGUGGUUUUAAUGGGAAUUGAGAUCUGGACUCAAAAAAACUUCAUUGAAGGGAAUGACACAAUGAUUAUCCUGGACAAAUUUUCCAAAUGGAAGAUGACUGGCUUUAAUGACCGCCUACCCCAUGAUCUUGCACAUUUUUAUACAAAGUGUAACAAUAAUUCUGCUGUAACCUAUCUUGGAAAAAUAUGUGAUUUAGAAAAGAGUAAUGUAGCUAUUAGUUUUGUGAAUAAGGAUUACAAUGAUAUUGCAUACAUUGUGUCACAUGAGACUGGUCAUAGUUUUGGUAUGAGGCAUGAUGAAAAAUAUUGUACAUGUGGGAAUGUGAACUGCAUAAUGUUAACAGAUCCAAAACCUGCAACUCGAUUCAGCAACUGCAGUUAUGCUGACUUUUUCAACCACCGUGAAGCACAAAAUUGUAUGUACAUUUCAUCAGAUAGAGGGAAUGGCUUCUCAUUUAAACGAUGUGGGAACAGGGUGGUUGAAGAAGGAGAAGAGUGUGACUGUGGUACUUUAGACUUGUGUGUGAAAGAUCCAUGUUGUGAAGUAGACUGCACUUUUAACUUGCAUGCCACUUGUGCUUUGGGGCUUUGUUGCAAAGACUGCAAGAUCAUGCCAAAUGGUACACUUUGUAGAAAAGAGGAAAAUGAAUGUGAUCUCCCAGAGUGGUGCAAUGGGACAUCCCACCUUUGCCCAGAAGAUGUAUAUGUGCAGAAUGGGAUCCCAUGCAAGGGCGGUGGCUACUGCUAUGAAAAGAGAUGUAAUAACCGUGAAGAACAGUGUAGGAAAAUUUUUGGCAAAGAUGCCAAGAAUGCAAAGCAGAGUUGCUACACAAAAAUGAAUACCCAAGGUGACCGUUUUGGUCACUGUGGUUUAACAGCCUCUGGCUACAUAAAAUGUAACCUCUCAGAUAUCUUGUGUGGGAGGAUUCAGUGUGAAAACGUGACAGAAAUUCCACUUCUGAGUGAUCAUUCUACAGUGCACUGGACUCAUUUCAAUGGCAUCACCUGCUGGGGUACCGACUACCACGUUGGGAUGAUCAUACCUGACAUUGGUGAUGUGAAAGAUGGUACAGAGUGUGGUGCAGAACAUGUCUGCGUCAAAAGGAAGUGUGUUCAUAGGUCACUUCUGUUAAGUAAUUGUUCACCUGAGACCUGCAAUAUGAACGGAGUCUGCAACAACAGACAAAACUGUCAUUGCUACAGUGGCUGGGAGCCCCCCAACUGCCUGGGAAAUGGCUUUGGAGGUAGUAUUGAUAGUGGUCCAGCUCCUAAGAUACAAAAGACACUAAGGUCACAAAGGGAAAUCCUGAUACUCCUUCGGUUGAUUCCUUUUUUUGUUGUAAUAUGUUUGUCAAUUUGGGCUUUCAUGUUAUACAAAAGAAGAGAUAAGAGUGUUCCACCUUCACCUGAGGAAAAUGUAAAGCCUUCCUCUAAGGAAGAAGAGUAA